GGAUCUUCGUCACCACCCUAGGAUUGCUCACCAUUCUCAAGCUUGAAAACCCACCUGUAAUCAUUUGGGGGGCGGGGGGGGGGGCAUCUUUAAGCGCCCAGGUGAACUUGGUCUGCAGGCAGCAGCUGUCCUUUUCUCUGGAUCUUCUGCUGAGGUCGGUAGGUUGAUAAAGUGAUACUGAUUUUGUGGCAGGAACUCCCUUCAGCCAACUCCUGUCUUCCUGGGAAGGCCUCUGGAAGAAACCAGUAUCAGAAAGAAUCUUGUAGUUGCCUGUGGCAGAAGAUCCGACCCAAACUGAGCAAAACCAGUUUCAAACGAAUCUGGUUUGAAACUUCCGAAGGCCCUAUAUUAACUUCAUAACCUUCUCACGAAAACCAAUCCAGAGAAAUCUUGGCUCUCUCGCCUACUUGUUUUCACAUAGGCCACCAGGAGGAAUGUGGCACAUCAGUGGGAACUGUGACAGAAGUAUUGUCAUAUCUGCAUGCUACAUUGUGAGGUCACCAAGGCAACCUAUUAAUCAUUCUAGAAUCUACCUCUUGAAGAUUACAAAUGAGACUGGGAAACCCUCUUCAAUAAGACCUGUGUGAUGAUAGAUUGUGUCCUGAGCCCGCAGGUCAGGCUGAAAGAGUCAACAACCAGCAAAGUGAAGAUCUAGGAGUCUGUUCCCCUUGAACCUGUGUGGACCUGAUCAAACCUCGAGGGAAAGGCUGGGAGAACACAUCCCUGGUCAGCUGUAGGAAAGCCAGAGAGCAUUUGAGAAGAGGCUGAAGCUUGAAUUUUGCAAACACACAAGCCCUCUGCAUUUCCCCAGAGAGAAGGUUUUUUUCUCGUCUUCAUUUCCUUUGAAACACCUGGGGUGAGGAAAAACCUCUACAUUGGCCAAGCAGAAGAAACAGAAUCUAUGACUGAAGAGGAUCGGCUAAGAGUGGUUCCUCGCAGCUUAAAGGGAGGCACUUUUCACACUCUGUCUUAAAAUCAGAAGUUGAAUUCAUGAACACAUAUGAUUUAGAUAGAAGUCAUGGGAUGCAGCAGUUCUUCAACGAAAACCAGGAGAUCUGACACAUCACUGAGAGCUGCGUUGAUCAUCCAGAACUGGUACCGAGGUUACAAAGCUCGACUGAAGGCCAGACAACACUAUGCCCUCACCAUCUUCCAGUCCAUCGAAUAUGCUGAUGAACAAGGCCAAAUGCAGUUAUCCACCUUCUUUUCCUUCAUGUUGGAAAACUACACACAUAUACAUAAGGAAGAGCUAGAAUUAAGAAAUCAAUCUCUUGAAAGCGAACAGGACAUGAGGGAUAGAUGGGAUUAUGUGGACUCGAUAGAUGUCCCAGACUCCUAUAAUGGUCCUCGGCUACAAUUUCCUCUCACUUGUACGGAUAUUGAUUUACUUCUUGAGGCCUUUAAGGAACAACAGAUACUUCAUGCCCAUUAUGUCUUAGAGGUGCUGUUUGAAACCAAGAAAGUCCUGAAGCAAAUGCCGAAUUUCACUCACAUACAAACUUCUCCCUCCAAAGAGGUAACAAUCUGUGGUGAUUUGCAUGGGAAACUGGAUGAUCUUUUUUUGAUCUUCUACAAGAAUGGUCUCCCCUCAGAGAGGAACCCGUAUGUUUUUAAUGGUGACUUUGUAGAUCGAGGAAAGAAUUCCAUAGAGAUCCUAAUGAUCCUGUGUGUGAGUUUUCUUGUCUACCCCAAUGACCUGCACUUGAACAGAGGGAACCAUGAAGAUUUUAUGAUGAAUCUGAGGUAUGGCUUCACGAAAGAAAUUUUGCAUAAAUAUAAGCUACAUGGAAAAAGAAUCUUACAAAUCUUGGAAGAAUUCUAUGCCUGGCUCCCAAUCGGUACAAUCGUUGACAAUGAAAUCCUGGUCAUCCAUGGUGGGAUAUCAGAGACCACAGAUUUGAAUUUACUCCACCGUGUAGAGAGGAACAAGAUGAAAUCUGUGCUGAUACCACCAACGGAAACAAACAGAGACCAUGACACUGACUCGAAGCACAAUAAAGUAGGUGUGACUUUUAAUGCACAUGGAAGAAUCAAAACAAAUGGGUCUCCUACUGAACACUUAACAAAGCAUGAAUGGGAACAGAUUAUUGAUAUUCUGUGGAGUGAUCCCAGAGGCAAAAAUGGCUGUUUUCCAAAUACGUGCCGAGGAGGGGGCUGCUAUUUUGGACCAGAUGUUACUUCCAAGAUUCUUAAUAAAUACCAGUUGAAGAUGCUCAUCAGGUCUCAUGAAUGUAAGCCCGAAGGGUAUGAAAUCUGUCAUGAUGGGAAGGUUGUGACUAUAUUUUCUGCUUCUAAUUAUUAUGAAGAAGGCAGCAAUCGAGGAGCUUACAUCAAACUAUGUUCUGGUACAACUCCUCGAUUUUUCCAGUACCAAGUAACUAAAGCAACGUGCUUUCAGCCUCUUCGCCAAAGAGUGGAUACUAUGGAAAACAGCGCCAUCAAGAUAUUAAGAGAGAGAGUGAUUUCACGAAAAAGUGACCUUACUCGUGCUUUCCAACUUCAAGACCAUAGAAAAUCAGGAAAACUUUCUGUGAGCCAGUGGGCUUUUUGCAUGGAGAACAUUUUGGGGCUGAACUUACCAUGGAGAUCCCUCAGUUCGAAUCUGGUAAACAUAGACCAAAAUGGAAACGUUGAAUACAUGUCCAGCUUCCAGAAUAUCCGCAUUGAAAAACCUGUACAAGAGGCUCAUUCUACUCUAGUUGAAACUCUGUACAGAUACAGAUCUGACCUGGAAAUCAUAUUUAAUGCCAUUGACACUGAUCACUCAGGCCUGAUCUCCAUGGAAGAAUUUCGUGCCAUGUGGAAACUUUUUAGUUCUCACUACAAUGUUCAUAUUGAUGAUUCCCAAGUCAAUAAGCUUGCCAACAUAAUGGACUUGAACAAAGAUGGAAGCAUUGACUUUAAUGAGUUUUUAAAGGCUUUCUAUGUAGUGCAUAGAUAUGAAGACUUGAUGAAACCUGAUGUCCCCAACCUUGGCUAAACACAAAUGAGAGCUUCCCUCAGGCUCCCUGAAACAGCUAGGCCCAAAUCACAAGUACAGUCCUUUCCAACACCCCUGAAAUUCAUAGUCAGUAGCAGAGAAAAGCAGAUCCCAAUUCAUCCCACAAACAGAUGCAUAGUAUGGGUUUUGGAAGUCCCUAGCAAGCUGUUAUUGGUAAGAUUAGGUUAAAUGUCAGUAAUAGGAUUUGGUUUCAGCAUUAGUACCUACAUAUUGCCAGUGAGAAACUGGGUUGGACCUAGUGGUGUUCUCGUGAGUGCCACCUAACCAGGAGGCCACAGCGGUUUGAAAACAUCCUGAAAGGAACUCAUACAGCACAAGAGAAAACUACUAAGCUUGACAUCUGUGAGUGACUGAGGGAGACAGGAGGAAUACCAGGUUAUUCAUGGAAUAAAGUCUUUCCAUCUUUAAA